AUGGCCUCCGAAGAGCUUCAAGCUCCAAGGCGAUCCUCGAGAAUUUCAGGGCAAGGAAAAGUCGAGACUCCUGCGCUUGCUAAGAAACCGAGAAAACCCUCAAAAGCGGGGACAAAAAGGGCAGCCGAAGAGGUUGGCAGCGACGAAAAGUACAAAAAAGCCAAAGCUAAUGAAGAUGAAACGGUCGAGGAGAAUCAUGAUGAUGUAGAUGCAGAUCUAGUAGGGCCCAUCGACAUUGGCGACAUUCUCCCCUCGAUGACCCUCAAAAACGAGAAAGGCGAAGAUGUGGAUACUGGUUCGAUAGCAGCAGAGAAGGGCGUCGUUCUCUUUCUUGUCCCGAAGGCUGACACGCCUGGAUGCACUGCGCAAGCAUGUGGCUUCCGCGACAUAUGGCAAGAAUUUGCCUCGCUUGAUUAUGAUGUUUAUGGAGUCAGUGCCGACUCCUCAGCUGCUCAGAAUAAAUGGCAAACCAAGAAGCAACUCCCAUACCCACUCAUUUCUGAUCCAAAGAGGUUGUUGAUAGGCGUUCUUGGGGCUGGCGAUGGAAAUAAGACGAAACGUAGUCAUUUCGUGUUUGAGAAAGGUGGCAAGCUUUUGGACAGGAAAAUGCCUGUGAAGCCGGCAGACAGUCCUCGUCUUGCAUUGGAGUUUAUCAAGGGCCUGAGCGAAUAG